GGGCGACGUGCGGUCGCUGCGCAGCGCGUGAAGGCAGAAGCGUCCGACUGGGCUCGGAGGGAGACUGGAGGAGCUCACAUUAGUGUUGUUGUAGCGGAAAAUAUACCUUCGCUCCAGUUUCUCACCCUGCAACCUCUGGAUUUAAACAGAAAAAAACAACAACAACAAAACACCGCAGUUUCCUCUCAGGGUUUGACCGUGAAGGAGGACCGCUUCAGGCUGGGAUAUAAAAAGCUGUGGUGAAUCAUGGCGCUCCGAGCCAGGGCGCUGUACGACUUCAACUCUGAAAACCCCGGGGAGGUGUCGGUGAGGGAGAACGAAAUCCUAACUUUGUACAGCGAACAGGACAUUGACGGCUGGUUUGAGGGGGCGAACAGCAAAGGGGAGAGGGGACUGUUCCCCGCGUCCUACGUGGAGAUCCUGAGGAACGACGCCGCCUCCACGUUCAACAACAACAGCUGCAGCACAUCUGGGGACACUUACCCGGACUCCCGAUACGCCAACAUCCCAUCCGGAGGUUUUGACGGCUCCUAUAAGCCUCCGAAUAAAGUUGAGAACUUUUCCAAAGCGUCUUCGCCCCCUUUCACCACUUUCUCAGCCCCAACGCAACCGCAGCAACAUCCACAGCAGCCGCAGACUUAUCAGCAGCCCAGCCCGGGGAGCGAUGAUGACUGGGAUGAUGACUGGGAUGACAGCUCUACUGUUGCAGAUGAGCCAGGGACUGUGGGAGGAAGGUAUCAUGACUUUGAAGGCAACGGGCCAUCCACUUACAGAGUGUCAACAUCCUCCAUGGCAAGAGGCAAUGCACAGCAAGCAAAGAGCUCUGCCACAGUCAGCAGAAACCUGAACAGGUUCUCCACCUUCGUGAAGUCAGGAGGAGAGGCGUUUGUGCUCGGGGAGGCGUCAGGCUUUGUGAAGGACGGGGAUAAGAUCUGCGUGGUGAUGGGUCAGUAUGGUCCAGAGUGGCAGGAGAACCCGUACCCCUUCGCUUGUACGAUCGACGACCCCACUAAGCAGACGAAGUUCAAGGGCAUGAAAAGCUACAUCUCCUAUAAGCUGACCCCCACCCACACGCAGAACCAGGUGAACAGGAGGUAUAAGCACUUUGACUGGCUUUAUGCUCGGCUGGUGGAGAAAUUCCCUGUCAUCUCAGUGCCACACAUCCCAGAGAAGCAGGCCACCGGGCGCUUUGAGGAGGACUUCAUCUCCAAGAGGAGGAAAGGCCUCAUCUGGUGGAUGAACCACAUGACCAGCCACCCUGUCCUGGCCAGGUGUGAUGUUUUCCAGCACUUCCUCUCCUGCAACAGCACAGACGAGAAGGCCUGGAAGCAGGGUAAGAGGAAGGCUGAGAAGGACGAGAUGGUCGGGGCCAACUUUUUCCUCACGAUCAGCACUCCUGCAGCUCCGCUUGAUUUCCAGGAGGUCGAGAGCAAAAUAGACGGAUUCAAGACUUUCACCAAAAGGAUGGAUGACAGCACCUUGCAGCUCAACGCCACUGUCAAUGAGUUCGCCCGCAAGCAGAUCAGUGGCUUUAAGAAGGAGUAUCAGAAAGUCGGGCUGUCAUUCAAGGUCCUCAGCCAAGCCUUUGAAAUUGACCAGCAGGCAUACUCUACUGGACUCAACCAGGCUAUCUCCUUCACUGGGGACGCGUAUGAAUCCAUCGGAGACUAUUUUGCUGAGCAGCCCAGCAAGGAUCUUGAUCCAAUCAUGGACUUGUUAGGUCUUUACCAAGGACACCUGGCAAACUACCCAGACAUCAUCCAUGUCCAGAAAGGAGCCCUGACGAAGGUGAAAGAGAGCCAUAAGCAUGUGGAGGAGGGCAAGAUGGACCGGGCACAGGCAGAAGGCAUCAACGAGCGCUGCAACAUCAUCUCCUGUGCCACGCUGGCCGAGAUCCAGCACUUCCACCAGAUCCGCGUGCGCGACUUCAAGGCCCAGAUGCAGCACUACCUACAGCAGCAGAUCGCCUUCUUCCAAAAAAUCACAGGCAAACUUGAGGAGGCUCUGCAGAAAUACGACAACGCGUAAUAGACGGCUCGACUCAGCCCGUCGUUUUAGACCUUGGUGAUCCAUGACCGUGCACCUCCCUCGGCCCAGCCAGUGGAGUUUUGGCAAACAACAGCCAGUAUCAAAUGCUGCUGAACGCUGUUCAUCCAGCAGGGAGGGACGUUCAAGGAGAUUGCACUCUAGUGAAAAUGACAUUUCUACCAAAUCUGGGUUUCUGUGUGUGUUGGCCAAUUUUUUUUUUUCGGGGGGUGACCAGAUGUCCUUGUUUAAGAGAGGACGUGUAAUUUAAUGAAGUUUGGCCAACUUGUAAUACAAACUUUUGCCUUUUGAUUUAAUGAAAAUCAGCGAUAACGAUGGAUGUGGGUGAAUUCAAUCUAAUCAAUGUUAUGACCUGCAGAGAGAGAGAGAGAACCUUGUAUCUGCUGCUGCCUACACACAACAGUGGCAAGAUUUCAUAUAGCAAGUGUUUUUAGCCUUACAACACUGUGUUUAAGUGCAGCAACGCACCAGUGGCUAACACACUGCCUUCUGGAAAACACUCAAGCCCUUCCCUGUUUCUCCCUCCUUGGACAAACAGGACAAAAUGUUUACAGUCUCCUCGCUGAGCAGCCACUGUCCCCACUGUCUCGCUGUGCCUUCUGAUUACAUCUCUCUGGUCAUUUUUGUUACUAGUUACUAAAAAAAAAAGCUUUAUAUACUGUAUAUGUGGAAAUAUAGUCUAUUUGUUUUUACAAUGCUACAAAUUUUGCAGUCUUUGAAAAAAAUAAUUGAUCACUAUGCUUUGAAUGAGGGCAGUGUCUCUUACGGGAGAUAAUAUUGCUUGAUUGUGCCGUUCCCCCGCCGUGGCCACAGGGAUUGAUUUUCAACACGCACAGUGUGGAAAAUCAGGAUCAAGAGAGGAUUACCUGCUUUGACAAUAGGAACCCAUGCCUUACACACGGCGCAGCCAGCACUGGUGCUGAUUUAAGCUUGCAGAAUUUAAGGGACGAGUAUAAUGGACGCUUGCAACGCCGGAUACCUGAAUUUCUACCGUCAGAACGUCGAUUUUCAGGGUUAGUUUUGGGGUAGUGUUCAGAGGCAGGCUGAUAGAGGAUAGAGGGUUCCUCGCCUGUUUUAAUGAUGCAGUCUUUUUAUUAGCACACUUCUAGACAGACUGUACUGCUGUUUCUAACCUUUAUGAUGUUGGUUGCAUCAUGAAGAGAUUAACAUAGAAGCAGAGACACAAAUAAAUUCCUCAUUCACAGAAA